UCUUGUAAGGAUCCUAAAAGAGAGGAGAGAAGUCAUAAUGGUACCACAUCAACCAUCGAAAGCCACCAUUAGUCUUAGUUUUCUAAUUCUUCUCCUCGAAGCUAUUUUCAGUUUCACAUCCACCAAAUGCUUCGAAAAGCAGGGAGGCUCUCAUAGGCUUGUUCUAGGCCUGAGCCGCUCUCAAACCCACAUUUUUCUUCCAAAAGCCUCCGCUCAAUCCACUAAACGACCUGCUGCUGCAACAUCAGACAUUUCGGAGCCCCUAAGGGAAGCUCGAGAUGGGUACUUGGUAUCCCUGAGCAUAGGGACACCCCAACAAGUCAUUCAGGUGUACCUAGACACGGGGAGUGACCUGACAUGGGCUCCAUGCGGUAACCUAUCCUUUGAAUGCAUCGACUGUGAUGACUAUAGGAGCAGCAAACUAUAUACUGCAUUCUCUCCAUCCCUCUCUUCCUCAUCCUCAAGGGACACAUGCACUAGCUUGCUCUGCAUGGACGUCCACAGCUCCGAGAAUCCAUACGAUCCUUGCAUCAUGGCUGGUUGCUCUCUGAACUCUGCCCUAAAGGGCACUUGUGCCAGGCCCUGCCCUUCCUUUGCCUACACCUAUGGUGCCGGUGGCCUUAUUGUUGGCACCCUUACAUUGGACACCCUUCGAGUUCACGGUAGCAGCACAGGGGUAAUCAGAGAAAUUCCAAAGUUCACUUUCGGUUGCGUGAGCUCCACGUACCACGAGCCCACUGGGAUAGCUGGUUUUGGAAAGGGACCACUCUCCCUUCCUUCCCAAUUGGGGUUUCUCCAUAAGGGUUUCUCCCAUUGCUUCUUGGCCUUCAAGUACGCAAACAAUCCCAAUAUCUCAAGCCCCCUCGUGAUAGGCGAUACGGCCAUAGCUUUGGAUGAUGAUGGACACAUGCAACUCACGCCAAUGUUGCAGUCUCCGAUGUACCCUAAUUACUACUACAUCGGCCUAGAGGCCAUGACCAUAGGCAACUUAAGUGCAUUGCACGUCCCACAAAACCUUAGGGAGUUUGACUACGAGGGGAAUGGAGGCCUACUAGUAGACUCCGGCACCACCUACACUCACCUUCCCGAACCUUUCUACUCGGAAUUGCUCUCAACGCUUGAGCUGUUGAUAAGAUACCCUCGAGCAACUGAGCAUGAGCAGAUGACUGGCUUCGACCUCUGCUACAGCAUCCGUGCUCCCAACAAUACAUUGGUCGAUGAUCUUCUCCCUUCCAUCACAUUCCAUUUCUUGAACAACGUCAGCUUAGUUUUGCCCAAGGGAAACAACUUCUAUGCCAUGGGUGCACCGUCGAACUCCACAGUUGUGAAAUGUCUACUCUACCAAAGCAUGGAUGAUGGAGAUUAUGGGCCUGGCGGGGUUUUCGGGAGCUUUCAACAGCAGAAUGUUCUGGUCGUUUAUGAUUUGCAGAAGAAAAGGAUGGGAUUUCAGGCAACAGACUGUGCUUCCGUUGCUAUUGCACAAGGGCUUCAGAAGCAUUAAUCUCAUUUAAGAAUAAUGUAAUAUGAUUAACAUGUUGAGAAAGAAGGUAUACUACAAUGGUACGUAUACGUACCAUCGUUUAGUAAUCAAGAAGUUCUAAGUUCUACUUUUAUUUAACUUUUCAUUUCCUUGUAUUGGACACAUGAGCCUCAUUUAUA